GGUGUAAGGACUUGUGGCGACUACAUGUUCAGUGGACAUACAACUGCAAUCACUUUGUUGAAUCAUUUCAUAACAGAAUAUACUCCACCUUCGUGGACAUUUCUUCACACCGCUACAUGGGUAAUGAACCUUUUCGGAGUUUUUUUUAUCCUCGCCGGUCAUGAACACUACUCAAUAGAUGUUUUUAUAGCGUUUUAUAUUUCUUCUCGAAUGUUUCUUUACUAUCAUGCAUAUGCGUACAACCAUGCGAACUUGACUGCUACCGAUGAUCGAAUCCGUCUUUGGUUUCCUCUUGGUUGGUUCUUCGAAGCGGGCAGUAUCGGAAAGGUGAUCUAUAGAGAUUCGCUCAGCAUAUUCUACUGUGUUCAAAAUGAGUUUGAAAUGCCUUUACAUGUUAUCAUUCCACGAUGGUGGAGUAGUCAUCGAUAUCAUGACGAGAAAGAGAAAAAGGAGGAGAGCAAGCACGAGAGUAACGGAAAGUGUUCAAGGAGAAUGAAAAAGAAAAACCACUAG